AUGUCGUCCGAAGCAGAUGCUCCAACCGAGAGCGAACUAAUUGAUCAGGAAAUCGCUGCACUCAAGGAGCAAGCUGCCGCAUUGCGCAAGUCUCUCAAGAUUGAAACCUCUACCAUCUUCGCUGCGCCCUCAACACAGGCAUUUCUCAAGCCGUCCAGAAGCUUCCUUUCAUCUCGAAAUACGCCCUCCCGCGCAAAACUCAUCAGCGAAUCCGAUAAGCAGAAGGCUUUCGUUCAGCAAUGUCGUUAUCGUACCUGUAGCUCUAUCACAGCGUUCAAAGUUCAUGACCCCGAUCCUAACGCAGUCGACGGCGGCCAUGUUCUUGGCUUGCGUUUCGAAAUAAUGUCCAAGGGCCAAUUCUUGCCACCCUACUACGUUAUGCUCAACCGACCAUACUUCAACUCCAAGCACAUCCGCAUCCACCGACACACCCUCCCUCCUGCGAUUCCUCUCUCUGGCUUGGCAGCCCGCCAUCUCCCAGCGCCACGACCUGAGAGCGACAGCCCAACUCAACAGAACCUGGACCGAUUUGUCAGGACACUUCGACGCGAAAUAGUGCGAUACCACAACCGUCUCGGUGUUUCUGCCGACUUGAGACGAAGCCUCGGAUUGCACGACAGGAUGGAUGAUAUUGUCCUACCUGAUGAUAUUGUUGAGGUCGGAAUAGCUGAUAUCGAAGCCAAGCAGAUUAGGUUCUCUUGGGCUGAUGACCGGAGCGGCAGAGUUGUUAUGGACAAUGACGGCAAGGUUGUCAAACUUAUGAUGUUUGGCAGAGAAGGUCGUGAUUGGGAGACAACAAAGGAGCUGUACGGCAAGUAUGAGCGUAUCGAGGAUGUGGCCAGAACGCUACAGGAAUAUGUCAAUGGAUGA